ACUUCCUGCUCCGGCCACCAGCUGCCUCUCUGGACACCCCUCCCUGGAACCAUAAGCCCAAACUCUUCCUUACGCUGCUUCUGGGCAUGCGCUGUACUGCCGCACAGAAGGGGAACCGGUGCGGAAGUGGGAACACUGAGCAGUGCUUGGGUUUGCUCCCCUCCGUGUCUUCAUCAUGGACUGAGGUGACAUUAGGGGUUAAGUGUUGGAAACCCACAUCAUCAUAUGCAAGUUAUAAGAUCCUGAGCAUUCCUCAAGGGACUUUGGCACCCACCCUAAGGCAUAUCAUGUGCUUGCAGUUGUAUGGCAUAGUUAUAUCAUGCUAGAGGUGGGAUUACGAACAGUUAUUGUUGACAUAAGGAGAUGUGAUUAUGUGUCAAGCUGACAAGGUUUGGACUUGUGAUGGCUAACAUUGGCUGUCAACGUGACUCAAGUCCAACCUGCCUGACACUCACUCCUCAAGGGUUUUUCAAGACUCACCCUGAGUCUGGGCCACACCUUCUGGUAGUAGCCGGUAAGAAGACCUGGAAAAGGAACACUUUGGUUUUUGCCUGCUUGCCUUCACUCUCGUUGGUGAGUUCACCUAUCCUAUUGCUGUGGCACUUCAUCACCAAUAUCAGAACCAACUUCUUUGGUGUUUCAAAGUAAGCUGAAGACCAGCAGCUCUCCAGCAAUUCUCCAGGCCCUCGGUGCCAGAUCAGGCCUGAGCUGAACAAUUACCAGAAUCUUGGCCUCUCCAGUGUGAGGCAGCCAUUGCUGGACUGCCCGGACCACAGCCUGUGAGCCAAUCUAGUGAAAACCCUUUCCUGCAUGUGCUCUAUCAGUUGUUCCCUAGAGAACCCUGGCCAGCACACUCCCCAGCUUCUCCCAGGGGGCCCCACCUGCUGUCCUGGGGCCUGCCCCUUCCUGCUGCAUGUCUUCAUCCAGGACACGGUCAGAGAGGAAGCCGGUGACUCUUGACCAUGGAUCUUCCUGUCCCUGGGACAAUGGGCCUCUGCUAAACUUGGGCACUGGCCACACCUGCCGCAGGUGCAGAACUGGGCGAUGCCGGAAUCAUCCGGGUUCAGAGCUGGCCGUCCGGUCCCAGAGAGAACACCCUGGCACCACAGGUUUCCCAUGUGCCCUGCGGAGGGCUACAGGCUUCCCAGGACCUGCAUUUAAAAAGGCAAGUCCUUUGAUUGGGACCUUUCUAACAAGCCACAGCCGGGCGGCGCUGCCUCUCGUGGGCACAGAGGACUCCCUCAGAACCUCUCAUCAGUUCAAGAAGAGAAGCCUCCCACUUGCAGUGGGCUGUUUUUCUUGGGAUUGCUCCGCAGUGUUUGGGGUGCAGCCUGGGCACACUGGGGCCGUGAUGUGCAGGACAGAGCCCUGUUGUCACCCCAUCCCCUCGGUGGCAGCCCCUUGAAUUUGCCUCCUGAGAGUCAAGGCCGAGAGCAGCUCAUGGACGUGAUCAGGUGGAAACCUCAGGAAGCCUUCAACCAGACCCAGUCCAGCUCCCUCCUGCGUGGCCCUGUGGAGGAAAGGAACAGCACCAGUUGUACCAGGACCCUGAGGCUGCCAGAUGCCACCAGUGCCGCCUGGUACAUCCUCACCAUCAUCGGCAUCUAUGGUGUGAUCUUCGUCUUCCAGCUGGCCAGCAACAUCCUCAGGAAGACUGAGAGGCCCUUGGAGGACGUUUAUUAUUCCAACUUAACUUCUGAACUCAAAAGGGAAGGGUCUCAGAGCAAGGUGGCUGAGUGCUCACUGAUCAUCAGCAAUACAGCAGCCCUCCAGCCUCAUCAAGAUGGCCUGGACCCGAGAGGGGAAGAAGACGGGCUCCACAUGGGAACCCAGGGGGUCCCCUGAAAGCCAAGGCCGAAAGACCACCAUUGGAGGCCUCAGCUGUUUUACAGGUAGAGAAGUUUGGGGUCUGCCGGGGAUCUUGAGAAAGGAACUGAGCCCUGGAUUAGGGCAUGGUGAGCAUCUCUGGCCAUGGACACUUCUGAGUGUGAACAGACACCAGCAGCUUAUGUCUUAGUUUUUUUCUGGUCUAAGAAGAAGGAACCAUAGAAGCCAUAGGUCAGAGGGGACUCAGGGUUCUCGGGGUGAUUCAGGAUACUCCUGAGGGCAGAGGGGCGGCUUCUUGUCAUGGGAUGAAGGCUGAACGUGGAGUCAAAUGCUUGGGAUUAACAAUCAACUUCUAGGGCUAUACAUUUCUGAGUGGCAAUUGAUCACCUGGAACAUGUAGGAGUUGGGAUUGUCACCAAUGGUGACUUUGUUUUAAAGACGUACUCCAUUGACUUUAGGACCAAAGUUGUUCGUAGCAGAAGCUAAUCAGUCUUCAUUUUCUCUGGAAGAGUGGGUGCACUGAACAAAGAAUUAAUUUUGGACUCAGGAGCUCCAGACUCUGGUCUUUGACGUCUGAGGACCUAUGACUGAACUUCUCCGAAACUUAGUUUACAGUCACCUGAGGAGGAUGGUGCCAGGGCUACCAGCCUUGCUACAGAGGAAGGCGCUAGGGAGAUCCUGCAUGUGGUGAUGUUUCGAAAUGCAAAAUGCACACAGAGAGGCGUGUUGUGGUGGAGGAGAUGAUGGUGGAGACGGCGGUGGACAUGGCGGUGGAGACGGCGGUGGAGACGGCGGUGGA